AUGGGUGGAGAAAACUAUAGUUGCCCCACUACUUGUAUCGUACUCAUAGGGCAAGCGGUAAAAUCUACUCGGGUGCAUACUGGUUCGGUGAUAUACCAGGAACAAUCUCCCAUUGGGGGUGUACGGAUAAGACUCGCUUGGCAACUCCAGAUUAGGGCAUGCCCUAAAAGAGUCACUUCUCUUCACACCAACUUCCGAGAAACAUACAUUCCACAAAAGUGUCAGAUAAUUUCUUCGAUAGAAUGCUUCUAUAAACAAAGCGCAGCGAUGGCCCCAACAAAGAAGACCAAGAAGACCGCCGACAGCAUCAACACCCGUCUGGCUCUCGUCAUGAAGUCGGGGAAGUACGUGCUCGGCUACAAAUCCACCCUGAAGACUCUCCGUUCUGGAAAGGCUAAGCUUGUCAUCAUUGCCGGCAACACACCUCCUCUCCGCAAAUCUGAGCUCGAGUACUACUCCAUGUUGGGCAAGUGUCACGUUCACCACUUUGCUGGAAACAACAUUGAACUUGGCACUGCCUGUGGUAAACUCUUUCGUUGCUCUACCAUGGCUAUCCUCGACCAGGGUGACUCGGAUAUCUUGUCUUCCAACACUUAAAGUUCUGGGGAUAAAAUAGGGCAUGUGGGUUGAGACGAUGGGAUUUAGAUAAAAAUAAAAAUAAAAGUCUUUCUCA